AUGCACCUCUUUCUCUUGAUUCUGUUCGCCCUAACUUUGUUUCAGGCCUAUCUGAAAGAUGCGCACGAUCUGCUGCACCACACUCUGAAGAAUGAGCCCAGAGCAAAGGUAGACCUAAAUUCCUUGCCUUACAGCUGCACAAUCCUUGAUUAUGGCAUGCGCACUGGAAUCUGGUCGAUUGAAAUGGCAGAGUUGGUC